AUGCCAGCUGCCACCACUUCCUCCAACACCACCGCACCCCCAGCCCGUUCCCACAUCCGAUUCGGCACCCUGCCCACCCGCGACACAGUCCGCCGCUACCCCUCCUCCUACACACACCCCACCAAGUCUGACUCCUUCUCCUCUUCGCACUCUGACCACUCGUCUCAUUCUGCAGAGUCUUCCAAGACUGGCAAACAGCAGCAGGGUGCGACAGACUUUGAUAGCAUUCUGAACCCUAGUCAGAUGCGGUCUAUGGCUGAGAUUGACAAAGAGGAGGAGGUGCAUAUGCAGAAGACGGGGACGGUCAAGGCGAAGAAGAUGGGGGGUAAGCUCUUGCUGGGCAUGGUUGCGAAGGUUAGUUCUUUGGGGAAGGGUAAGGGUGUUUGA